UUUCAUGGUUCCGGUUCUGAUCGAAUGAGUUGUCACCAUGGAUCUAGGUGACGGCGGAGCAAUGCCAGUCAUCCUCGCCGACUGGCUGGAUCGAGGCCUCACUGUCUGGCAUGAGAGUCGAGUGAUUCUGACUGCGGUGCUGGUCGUCUGCUUCUUGACGAUUCUCGUCCAACGAAGGCGAUCCACAAGACCUUUCACACAAAGUUCCUCCCCGGCGCUGGAAAAGGCGGAUGCUCUUCAAGGAUCACAAAUCGAGAAGUUGUCCAUUUCAGAAACUUAUGAUGUCGACAACAAGACAACCCUUGCUGCGGCCCCAACACAGAAGGUCAAGACUCGACCUGCCGCCGCCCGCAUCGUCACCGGACGCAAGCCAGCUUCAACGGCAAGAAACGGAAAUUUAAACCAAGUUCAAGAGGAAGUUACACACAUUCAACCCUUGAUAUUCUUCUCCUCUCUGACGGGUACCACUGAGCGCCUGUCCAAGAUUGCAUCAGAAAGUCUCCAAGCGCUGUCCACCCGAAACACUUCAAUACUUCAACCAGAAGUCCACGACUUGUCCUAUGUCGACCUUGAUGACUACUUCAUUUCUGGUCCCAAGACUCCAUCGCCGCGGGACGGGACAGUUUUCUUCUACCUCUUGUUAAUCCCCUCAUAUGAUAUCGACACCAUAUUGAAUACCCUUACUGCCCACCUUGAUGAAACCCACAACGACUUUCGCAUCGAUACCUCUCCUCUUGCGGUCCUCGCUGGGUACACUGUGUUCGGCAUCGGGGACAAAAGUGGCUGGCCAAGUGAAGAGCAAGGUUUCUGCUCACAAGCAAUCGAGGUUGACAAGUGGAUGGCAAAACUGACUGGCAGGAAAAGAGCAUACCCACUGGGUCUUGGAGAUGUGAAAGAUAACGCAACCCACGCACUCCGUGAAUGGACUGACGGUGUAUCUACUGUGUUGGAAGAGCUGAUUUCCACGGGCUCUCUUGGAGAGGGCGUUCCUGGUAGCGGCGACGCAAUUGAAAGCGAGAGCGAAGAGGAACCUGAAAUGGUCGACGAGGAAGAGGAAUUUCCUGAUUCUGGCCGGAACAAACGCCGCAAGAUCGCAAACACAACUGACCUUGAAGAUGUUGGUGGCAAGACUAAGACUAAGAACUCGUCGUUGGCCGUCGACUUUACCACAUAUUCCUCAAUCCAGGUGACGCAGCCUGUACUCAAGGCCAUGGUGCCCAAAGAGUCUCCAACAUACGCAUCUCUGACCAAGCAGGGUUACACCAUCGUGGGAACACACUCUGGAGUCAAGAUCUGUCGAUGGACCAAGUCUGCUCUCCGUGGUCGUGGUUCCUGCUACAAGAACUCAUUCUACGGCAUCGCUUCGCACCUCUGUAUGGAAACAACACCGUCUCUGUCUUGCAGCAACAAAUGUGUCUUUUGUUGGCGUCACGGGACCAAUCCUGUCUCCACAACCUGGAGGUGGCAAGUCGACGACCCAAACUUGAUAUUCGAAGGGGCGAAGGAAGGCCAUUACAAGAAAAUCAAGAUGAUGCGUGGUGUGCCAGGAGUGCGCAGCGACCGGUUUGAGGAAGCGAUGCGCAUCCGCCAUUGCGCUCUGAGUCUUGUGGGCGAGCCCAUCUUUUAUCCACACAUCAACAAAUUCCUCGAUCUGCUGCACGGUGAACGUAUCUCGAGUUUCCUGGUCUGCAAUGCCCAGCACCCACAGCAGCUCCAAGACGUGAAGCGAGUUACACAAUUGUAUGUCAGCAUCGAUGCCAGCAACAAGGAGAGUCUCCGCAAGAUCGACCGUCCACUCCACCGAGAUUUCUGGGAGAGAUUCCAAGCAUGUCUCGACAUUCUCCGAGAGAAGCGCUUCGUUCAAAGAACUGUAUUCCGCCUGACUCUGGUCAAGGGAUUCAACAUCGAGGACGAGGUAGAAGGCUACGUCAAUCUGGUGGCCAAGGGAUUACCAUGCUUCAUCGAAGUCAAGGGAGUCACGUACUGUGGCACAAGCACGUCGACCAACGCUGGUCUGACGAUGCAGAACGUACCAUUCUACGAAGAAGUGGCAGCAUUUGUCGAAGCCUUGAACGUGGCGUUGGCGAAGCGUGGCUUGGAGUAUGGUAUCGCAGCCGAGCAUGCACACAGCUGCUGUAUUCUACUCGCCAGUAAUCGCUUCCACAUCAACGGAAAAUGGCACACUGUCAUCGACUAUGACAAGUUCUUCCAGCUCCUGGAAAGUGGCCAAGAUUUCCGCCCUGAGGAUUACUGCAAGGAGACUGUCGAAUGGGCACUCUGGGGUAAUGGUGGUUUUGACCCACGAGAUGAGAAAGUGGACCGGAAGGGCAGACCGAAGGAGGCUUCAACAGUCACUGGCAAGAAGAUUGACAGUAGUAAACUCGAUUUUUAGUCAAGAAGCAAUCAAAGAACGAAAU